CUUCGGUUCUUCCUCUCCGGGCCUGUGGCCUCACUGCCGCCAUGAACAAGAAGAAGAAGCCGUUUCUGGGCAUGCCCGCGCCUCUCGGUUACGUGCCGGGGCUGGGCCGCGGUGCCACUGGCUUCACCACUCGGUCAGAUAUUGGGCCAGCUCGAGAUGCAAACGACCCUGUGGAUGACCGCCAUGCUCCUCCAGGCAAGCGGACCGUCGGGGACCAGAUGAAGAAAAACCAGGCUGCGGACGAUGAUGAUGAGGACCUGAAUGACACCAACUACGACGAGUUUAACGGCUAUGCCGGGAGCCUCUUCUCAAGUGGACCCUAUGAAAAAGAUGAUGAGGAAGCAGAUGCCAUUUAUGCGGCUCUGGAUAAGAGGAUGGAUGAAAGAAGAAAGGAGAGAAGGGAGCAAAGGGAGAAGGAGGAGAUCGAGAAAUACCGAAUGGAACGCCCCAAAAUCCAGCAACAGUUCUCAGAUCUGAAGCGGAAACUGGCUGAAGUCACAGAAGAAGAGUGGCUGAGCAUCCCAGAGGUGGGGGACGCCCGGAACAAGCGUCAGCGGAACCCACGCUAUGAAAAGCUGACCCCUGUGCCUGACAGCUUCUUUGCCAAGCAUCUGCAGACUGGCGAGAAUCACACAUCGGUGGACCCCCGGCAGACUCAAUUUGGUGGUCUUAAUACACCCUACCCUGGUGGAUUGAACACCCCGUACCCUGGAGGGAUGACACCAGGGUUGAUGACUCCAGGUACAGGUGAGCUGGACAUGAGGAAGAUUGGCCAGGCAAGGAACACGCUGAUGGACAUGAGGCUGAGCCAGGUGUCUGACUCGGUGAGUGGACAGACUGUGGUUGACCCCAAAGGCUACCUGACAGACCUGAACUCCAUGAUCCCCACACACGGAGGGGACAUCAAUGACAUCAAGAAGGCACGACUGCUCCUCAAAUCAGUUCGGGAGACAAACCCUCACCACCCGCCCGCCUGGAUUGCAUCUGCCCGCCUGGAGGAGGUCACAGGGAAGCUGCAAGUGGCAAGAAAUCUCAUCAUGAAGGGCACGGAGAUGUGCCCCAAGAGUGAAGAUGUCUGGCUGGAAGCAGCCAGGCUGCAACCUGGGGACACAGCCAAGGCUGUAGUGGCCCAGGCGGUCCGUCACCUCCCCCAGUCUGUUCGGAUCUACAUCAGAGCAGCAGAACUAGAGACAGACAUUCGAGCCAAGAAGCGGGUUCUUCGGAAAGCCCUUGAGCAUGUUCCCAACUCGGUCCGCUUGUGGAAGGCUGCUGUGGAGCUGGAGGAGCCGGAAGAUGCCAGGAUCAUGCUCAGCCGUGCUGUGGAGUGCUGUCCGACCAGUGUGGAGCUCUGGCUUGCUCUGGCAAGGCUCGAGACCUAUGAAAAUGCCCGCAAGGUCCUAAACAAAGCCCGAGAGAACAUCCCCACUGAUCGGCACAUCUGGAUCACAGCUGCCAAGCUGGAGGAGGCCAAUGGGAACACACAGAUGGUGGAGAAGAUCAUUGACCGUGCAAUCACUUCACUGCGGGCCAACGGCGUGGAAAUCAACCGUGAGCAGUGGAUUCAGGACGCUGAAGAGUGUGACAAGGCCGGCAGUGUGGCCACUUGCCAAGCAGUCAUGCGUGCUGUGAUCGGCAUUGGGAUCGAGGAGGAGGACCGGAAGCACACGUGGAUGGAGGAUGCGGACAGUUGUGUUGCCCACAGUGCUUUGGAGUGUGCCCGGGCCAUCUACGCCUAUGCCCUGCAGGUGUUCCCCAGUAAGAAGAGUGUGUGGCUACGAGCGGCCUAUUUUGAGAAGAACCAUGGGACCAGGGAGUCCCUGGAGGCACUGCUGCAGAGGGCUGUGGCUCACUGCCCCAAGGCUGAGGUGCUGUGGCUCAUGGGUGCCAAGUCCAAGUGGUUGGCAGGAGAUGUGCCCGCCGCCAGGAGCAUCCUGGCUCUGGCCUUCCAGGCCAACCCCAACAGCGAGGAGAUCUGGCUGGCUGCUGUGAAGCUGGAGUCUGAGAACAACGAGUAUGAGCGGGCCCGGAGGCUGCUGGCCAAGGCGCGGAGCAGUGCUCCCACUGCCCGGGUAUUCAUGAAGUCUGUGAAGCUGGAGUGGGUGUUGGGGAACAUUGCUGCUGCCCAGGAGCUGUGCGAGGAGGCCCUGAAGCAUUAUGAGGAUUUCCCUAAACUGUGGAUGAUGAAGGGGCAAGUGGAAGAGCAGGAGGAGCUGAUCGAGAAGGCCCGGGAGGCCUACAGCCAGGGGUUAAAGAAGUGUCCUCACUCCACACCCCUGUGGCUUUUGCUUUCCCGGCUGGAGGAAAAAGUCGGACAGCUGACCCGAGCUCGAGCCAUCCUAGAGAAGUCCCGGCUUAAGAACCCCAAGAACCCUGGCCUAUGGUUGGAAUCUGUGCGCCUAGAAUACCGGGCAGGACUGAAGAAUAUUGCUAACACGCUCAUGGCCAAGGCACUGCAGGAGUGCCCCCACUCAGGCAUCCUGUGGUCUGAAGCCAUUUUCCUCGAGGCCAGACCCCAAAGGAAGACCAAGAGUGUGGACGCCCUAAAGAAGUGUGAACAUGACCCACAUGUGCUCCUGGCAGUGGCUAAGCUCUUCUGGAGUGAGCGAAAGAUCACCAAGGCCAGGGAGUGGUUCCACCGCACUGUCAAGAUUGACUCGGAUCUGGGAGACACGUGGGCCUUCUUCUACAAGUUUGAACUGCAGCACGGCACAGAGGAGCAGCAGGAGGAGGUGAGGAAGCGCUGUGAGAACGCAGAGCCACGACAUGGGGAGCUGUGGUGUGCCGUGUCCAAGGACAUUGCCAAUUGGCAGAAGAAGGUUGGCGAGGUGCUGGUGCUGGUGGCCGCCCGGAUCAAGAACACUUUCUGA